GGCUAUCGUGUAUUAUUAAUGAUUCAUAAAUUACUCACCUCAGAGACUUGGUGAAUUAUUCUUUAAGCCAUGGCGAAGCUUGGGGAUGAUGUUCUUGAGUGGCAGACCGAUCAACUUGUGGAAUGGCUGCAACAGGAAGAGAUGAAUGACUGCAUAAAACCCUUCACUACAAGAAAAAUGAAUGGACGUUCACUAGUGAACCUCUCAGAAUUAGAAAUCAAGGCCCUACAUCAUGUUUCAAAUGACAGUAAAAAAAAGUUAAUCAGAUCAAUUGAAAAGUUUAAACGCAGAAAGAAAGAGAAAAUGGCAGCAAUGUUUGGAAACCAAAAACUAGUACAGACUGUAAACACAAGGAAACCUCCAUCCUUUUGCCAGGAAGAUGAUGCUGGCAGCGACGACGAUGGCUGGGGAACAGACGAAUGGGAUAGUGAUGGCUCACAAGAUGCGUCGUCCGACGGUGAUUACCUCGAACCUGAGGAGGACCUCUCCAAAACAGGUUCCCUAGGAAGAGAAGCUGUUUCCGUGCCUACUGGAUUGGUUGCACAGCUUCGAGCAGGCAUCGCUAGCAGUCUUACAAGAUCACACAAGGCCCCACAACAGAGCUACCAAGAUGAUGAAGAUAUUUAUGACGAGCCUCCAGAAGAAGAAGAACUUUAUGACGAACCCAGCGAUAGUUCUGGUGGAGCGGUUGUUGUAAGACCACCUAAAAAACCUCCCAAACAAGAAGACAAAGGAGAAUACUUACUACCUAGAGAGAUGGACGGAGAUCAGGAUGUAUACGAAGCGCCUUUAGAAGAAGAAGAAGAAAUAUCUCCAAGACCCCCCGCACGACCGAGCAAAGCCAACAGAUUUAUCCCUACUCAAGUAGUUCAAGGAAACAAGUUUGUACCCAUCAGAAGCAGCAUCRAUAACGAUGAAAAUGAGACGUAUGAAAUCCCUGAACUUGAAGACCAAGAAGACAGCUAUGAAAUACCUGGAGAACAGACCGYUCCCCCACCCAGACCGCCAAAAAAGUUCAGCGCUCCUGUCAACACUCCCCUCAAACAAGCUAAACAAUCGAAACCAUUUCCACCUCAAAAGCCACAGGUUUCGCCUGGAAAGCCUUCAUUCAAAGUUCCUUCGCCUCAGCCAAGUAAUCAAACACAAGGAGCUACGAGACGCUUUCCGGGAACGAGUGCUCAACAAAGUAGUUUAUCACCCCAAGGCACACCAUUCCGAACUCAGCCACCGCCGCCUGCACAAACAAAGUUCCAGCCACCACUAGGGAGAAAACCUACACCAGAACCGAAAAAAACAGAGUUUGGUGGAUACCCUGGACGACAAGAGAGGAGUCCUCCACCAAGUCCUGUGAAAUCUACAGGUGCAAGUAUAGCUCCAGUGCCGGGCCCUAGAGCUGGGAUCUUGAGUAAGUCGGAACCCCGUCCGUCUCCAAGAGGAUCCCCUCUUCCUCCAGCAGCCCACAGGAAGCAGGCACCCCUACCAACAGAAAGACCUCCUCCACCAGAACCCAGGGCUACGCCAGGAGUGGAACCCGUGCCGCCUAACCAUAGAGGUUUACCCUCUGUGCCAUCGCCACAGAUGACAGAACCAGUACCUCCCAGACCCCCGAAGAUAGGCCACCCUGCUGGUAMCCCACAGCCAAUGCUACCGCCCAGACAGGGAGUUCCUCUGCCUGCUCCGCCUUCUGCUCCCUCUAGUCUGAGAGACCAAAGAGAGCAGUCAUCUGCUUCAAGUAUUGAGUCUACCUCUGCAGAUGAACCCGUCAUCUCACUACAGCAUCUUCCUAAACCAGGAAAACGAAGUCUUCCACCCACUCCCACCGUAGAUUCUAAGAAGAGUUCAUUAGAGUUAAUGAAGGAAGCUCCGUGGUUCCAGGGACCUGUGGAACGAAAAGCGGUCGAAGAAAGUUUAAAGCAAUUUAAUCAGAAUGGCGCCUUUCUUGUACGCAACAGCACCAAGAGUCCCAACGACUACUCAAUGUCUUUGAUCUACAAUGGAAAUGUUCGCCAUCUAAGAAUUCCUCAUAAAAACAACAAGUAUGUGUUAGGAGAUAGCGGCAUUCAGCAAUUUGACUCCAUCAUAGAUCUCGUGAAUCACUAUCGUCAAAAUGAAGUGGACCUCAAGAAGGGAGGCAAGACUAAACUAACAAUAGCAUGCCAAGUCUACAAAUCCUAACAUAAAUGGAAAUCUUAUAAUCAGAAUAUUACAUGGACAGCUGUGAAGGACUUCAGGUUCACUCCAGCUGUAGAACACAAAGCUUAUUUGGAAUUUAGAUUUUUAUAUAUAAUAAGGAUAUUAUGCACUGUAAUUGAUGAUGGUUCAAGGGAUGGCCAAGGUAUCCUAGUUGUUGUAUCACUACCCAGUUAGGCAAGUUAGUUGAUAAGUUGUUUCUAAUACAAUUAAACUGCAUUCCCUUGGAUUAAUGUAGAUGAGCAGGACUCGGAGACAA